UCAGGGGGGUAGUGCAAUUUCUCGCAUUAGAGAGGAUCAUCUCGCACUCUUCUCUUCUCUUUCAAUUUCAAAAUCUUCGAAACCAAGCGACACUAUUUGCUUCCGUUUUUCUUUUUCUUUUUCUUCUGUUGAAUCUAGAAUCUUCUUUUCAUCAUCCUCUGGUUUUCUCGCCAUGGAUGAACCUCGUGUGAAGGAGGAAGUGUUGGACAUUCCAAAUGUCGAAGAUCGGAGGCAGAGAAACAACAACGGUGGUGGCGUGCCGCUGUUUCCUCCUGACUCGGUCAUCGAACUCAGCAGCAGUAGCGGAAGCGAUUCCGAUUCUGAUUCCGACGGCGAUUUGGAUAGCAUCAUCGCUAGCGCGGUCGAGCGUGGUGCUUCGGGUGGGGGUCCUGCUAAGAAGCGGAAGGUGAGCGACUCGGGGGUGGUUUUGCCGGUUGGAUUCCUCAGCCCUCUCCCUCCUCCUCCUCCUCCUCCGCCGCCGCAGUUGCAGCCUGAGGCGGUUUUGUCGCUUCCGGCGCCGGCGUGGGCUUCUGCUUCGGCAGCGCGUGCCCGUGAUGGGAGCCGGAGUGGUAGCACCAAACAGUUCUGGAAAGCUGGGGACUAUGACGGUGCUCCUGGGACUAGCAGAGUCGUUGAAACUUCAACAGUUGGUAUGGAUCAUGUCAGAGUUCACCCUAAGUUUCUACACUCUAAUGCCACAAGUCAUAAAUGGGCACUUGGAGCUUUUGCUGAGCUCUUGGACAAUUCAUUGGAUGAGGUUUGUAAUGGGGCUACAUAUGUUAAUGUAGAUAUGGUUUUAAGUAAGAAAGAUGGCUCCCGGAUGUUGCUGAUUGAAGAUAAUGGUGGUGGGAUGGAUCCUGAUAAAAUGCGCCAAUGCAUGUCACUUGGGUAUUCUGCGAAAAGCAAAAUGGCAAAUACGAUUGGACAAUAUGGAAAUGGCUUUAAAACAAGUACCAUGAGGCUUGGGGCUGAUGUAAUUGUAUUCUCCCGUUGUCACGGGAAAGAUGGGAAAAGCCCGACACAAAGCAUAGGCUUGCUUUCUUACACAUUUUUGAGGAGUACAGGGAAGGAAGACAUUGUAGUGCCCAUGCUGGACUACGAAAGAGAAGGACGGGAAUGGAAGAUGAUGUUACGAGCUUCUCCGGAUGAUUGGAAUAAAAAUGUGGAAACAAUAGUUCAAUGGUCACCAUUUUCUGAUGAGACUGAUCUUCUUCGUCAGUUCAACCUGAUGAAAGAUCAAGGUACUCGAGUAAUUAUAUACAAUCUUUGGGAGGAUGACCAAGGUCAGCUGGAACUUGAUUUUGAUGUAGAUCCACAUGAUAUUCAAAUAAGAGGGGUAAAUCGAGAUGAGAAGAGUAUACAGAUGGCUAAGGAGUUUCCCAACUCUAGACACUUCCUAACUUAUCGACAUUCACUGAGGAGUUAUGCCUCAAUUUUAUAUCUGAGGUUUCCUCCAGGCUUUCGAAUUAUUCUUCGGGGGAAAGAUGUUCUGCAUCACAAUAUAGUGAAUGAUAUGAUGAUGUCUCAGGAGGUGACGUAUAGGCCUCAAGCGGGAGUUGGUGAUGGGAUUUCAAAGGAUACAAAUAUGGUUGCUGUUGUUACAAUCGGAUUUGUCAAAGAUGCAGUUCAUCACAUUGAUGUUCAAGGGUUUAAUGUAUAUCAUAAGAAUCGACUCAUUAAGCCAUUCUGGAGGAUCUGGAAUCCGGCUGGAAGUGGUGGACGAGGGGUCAUAGGUGUUUUGGAAGCCAACUUUGUUGAACCUGCUCAUGAUAAGCAAGGCUUUGAGCGCACAUUAGUUUUAUCAAGACUUGAGUCACGACUGAUUCAAAUGCAAAAGAAUUAUUGGAGCUCUCACUCCCAUAAAAUUGGUUAUUGCAAUCGAACUAAAAAACAAACCAGCAAUUCUGCUGAUAAAGAGAGAUCUUCUGACCAUGUUCCUGAAUCAUCUCAACCAAAAAGGAACUCUUCUGCCACAAAUGGCAAGACAACACCAUUGGCAUCAGACAAAACAUAUUCACACUCAAAUCAGAAACGGAUGCGAAAAGAACCAGAAAGAUAUGCUGAAUACACAAACAGUCGCUUGUCACCUGAACAAUCAUCAUCUGCUGAUGAAGGCAGUGAUCAAAUUAAUGGUGUCUCGUCAAAUAAAGCUAAGGGAGGAAGUCAAAAGACAUCUAUAGGUGGAAAGUCAGUUGAAAAUGCGAGUGGAUGUUUUCCAGAUACUACAUCAAUGGGAAAAGGCUUGCGAUCUACACGAGGAUCUAACCUAAAGGGAAAAGAUGUUGAGUAUGGUGAUGAACCACUAUCUGCCUCUGAUAUACUGACUGUAGAGAAGUUGAAAAAAGAUAAUCUUGAGUUAAGGAAAAGAUCAGAGAGGAAGGAGGAAGAAAUUUUAGGGGAAGUAUUGCAGGCUUUGCAGCAUGAGAAAGACAAGUGCAAAUCUCUCGAAACUCAGCUCCAGGAUGCGCAGCAAAAGAUUGAAGAAUUGAACAAGGAACAAGAAACUCUUAUUGAUGUAUUCUCUGAAGAGAGGGAUAGACGUGAUUCUGAAGAAAAAAAUUUGAGAAAGAGACUUCAGGAUGCAUCAAAUACCAUCCAAGAGCUGCUUGACAAGGUACGAAUGCUCGAGAGGAAGUCUUCAAGCGGCAAAAAAUGACGUUUUUUUGAAUCUGAUAGGAACUUCCUAACAUAAGAUCUAGAUGAGACCUCUGACACGUUGUGUAUAGUUUUUUGGCUGGCAUUUUAUUGAAGUUUAAUUUUUGGCCAUUGGGUAGGAUUGGCUUGUUGACUAAUUGGACAAUGUUCUUUGACACAGUAUUCUAAGCAAUUUUAUGUACCAAUGGAAAACUUCUUUUUUGGAGU